UCUGCAAUCAUUUCUACCACGAAAGAUAAGAUGCAGAGGGUCAACCUAUCAACGGUGUCCGAAUUUGUUCUUGUGGGCCUUUCUGAUGCUCCGGAAGUCCGUUUUCUUCUCUUUGUGCUGUUCUUGAUUAUUUAUUUGGCCACCAUGGCAGGCAACAUCACAAUCCUGAUUGCCAUGUGCACAGACAUGCGUCUGCACAACCCCAUGUACUUCUUCCUUGGCAACUUAUCCUUGCUGGAUAUCUUGUGUCCCACUAUCACUGUGCCGAAGAUGCUGGAGGCCUUGUUGCUGGAGAAAAAAGUGAUUUCAUUCACAGGUUGCAUGCUCCAGCUCUUCUUCCUCAUUGACGUUGUUGGCACGGAGAUCUUCCUCUUGGCUGUGAUGGCCUAUGACCGUUACGUUGCGAUAUGUCAUCCACUGCAGUACAUGAAUAUUGUGAGUCUGAAACUGUGUGCUCACCUCGCCAUUGGCACCUGGGUAGUAGGAUUUUUUAAUUCUCUCUUGCACACAUCUUUGGUUUUUACACUUGUUUUUUGUGGUCCCAAUGAAGUUGACCAAUACUACUGUGAUAUUCCCCCUGUGCUGGCCCUCUCUUGCUCGCCUACCUACAGUAGGGAACUGGUGACCCUCCUCAUUGCUGGGGUCCUGGGAAGCGGUGCCUUUGUGGUCACUCUGGUCUCAUAUCUCUAUAUCCUGGUGGCCAUCCUGUCCAUGAGCUCUUCUGAGAGCAGGCACAAAGCUUUCUCCACUUGUGGGUCUCACUUAACAGUGGUGUGCCUCUUCUACGGGACCACCAUUUGCACGUACGUACGGCCUUCCUCCACCUACUCACCUCACCAGGAUAGGAUUGUUUCCAUGCUCUAUGGAACCCUCACUCCCCUGCUGAACCCCAUAAUCUACACUCUGAGGAACAAAGAAGUUAAAUGUGCCCUGAGAAGACUCAUCAUUCAGGUCAGAACUGCUUUAAGGAGACAACAUUUCUCUCAGUCUCUGGCAUCUUCUAGAGCCCCAGCAGUUGGGUAG